AUGGUAGAAAACAAGGAUACUACCGACCAGUCAUCGGGUAGCUCCGUGCAGCUGAAUCUUUCUGAAUACAUGUCCCUCAACUCGUCCAGACAGUCCUUUCCCGACCGGCGGAAACAACUCUCCACCCCAGCCACCUCCAUGUCACAGCUCUCUCUUGGUCCGCAGUCAGAAAUUAGUUCGGGAUCCGAAAGCCCUCACGGCUCCAGGAUCUCGGCCCGCCAGCAAACAUCAAAUUCCGUCCAUAGCGGUCACCCUGCUUUGGAACGCUAUUACGACCCUCAUCUGCUGCGCAAAAAGACGCUCAAGUACCUGAAAGCAAAACUCCCUCACAUGUCUCCCCAACAGUUCGAUUUCCUGGUCGCAGAACAAGUACCGCUUCAGGUGUCUCCUCCCUACGAGAAAAUGUGGGUGGCACCGUCCAAGGGGAAGGAUGCUAAUGUGUCUCCUCCUCUUCUGCCCACGGAGUUGAGCACUACCUCGCUGGCGACGUUCCAGUUCAAGUAUUUCUCCUACCUGCUGAAUACUGAGCUGAAAAAGCGUAGCAGACCAGUCUAA